GCUGUCAGGGGUGAACAUUCGUCGUAAAACCCACAGCCACCACUCUUUCCCACUCUUCGGGUGAUCACGGUUGAAAAAAAACGCAUCUUUUCUCGAAGCUUCCCUGGGCCGCACAAAAAAACCCACCUCACAUUUCGGGUGCAUUUAAGAUCGCGCUUAGAUUUCACCGCUCCCGGAAGUUGGUCGCUGCGUUGCUUGGCUCCAUUAUCCUGUACGUUACAACGAAGUCGUCGUCGCCGUGCGUGAGUGUGACUGACCACCGCCGUUUGUGAGAGUUGUUUUUGGCGUAUUCUACUCGUUGUGAAAAUAGAAAAUGACCCGUGGAAACCAGCGCGAAUUGGCCCGUGCGAAGAACCAGAAAAAGAAUGCCGGCCAGCCAAAGCAGCGGGACGAUGGUCUCACACACGAGCAGAGGAAGCAGCGUGACGCUGACAUCAUGCGACAAAAGCAGUUGAAAAAGGAGCAAGAUGCAAAGCAUGCGAUCAAGAGUUAAUGUCCGUUCCGGACACGAUCGCCCACCACAAACCACCACCACCAAGCGCCAAACAAACGCAUCCUCUGUCCCUCAUUUCUUCGUGUAAAACCAAUCGCGAAAACCAUAGGCCCAAAACCGAUCGCACCAACAACAACAACACUCUAACUGACACCGGAAACCGGUGUGCUGCAUCGUGCGCUCGGGUAUAUUCAGCUAAAUUGAAAGGUUAUUAUAAAUUGCAUCUUGCAAAUUCAAUUCCCGUUUGCUUUUGGGGCUGCGUUAGCUUUUGAUUCGCCUCUUCUUCGUCUCGACACUGUGUGCAAGAUGGCCAUUGUUUUUCUCACUGAAACCACCCGCACACACACUGAGAAAAGGGUUCUCGGGUGUGUGUGCACCACCACCACCACCACAGGGCAUUUCCCUUUAUGUUUUCAGGCUUUACUUUUAUACUAUUUAGUGUGUAAGCGUGUGGGAUGAUUCAAAAAAAGGCCCACAGUCCAAACAGCAAAAACACCUCCCGAUUAAAAGCAAUAGCAACUGCAACUGCAAACUCAGCGAGCUCAAACCAAGCUAAGCGCAACCGCAUAGUAGGCUGUAAAACGGUGUAAAACAGCAGACAGCAUAGGACAUACACACACACAUACAGACACGCGUUUCAAGUAUUGUUAAAAUUAGAACAUGAAAGGAUCGGUUUGUGAGGGGUAGCCUAAACACCUAGCGUCUACUGUGGUCGGUGUAGUGGGUAGUAGUACUAGGACAGGACACGCGGUUAGCAAUAGCGCACAGUCAGAUUUAAAGCAAAACAUAAAACACAUAAACAAUGGGGCCGGGAGGAGUACAAUUGAAUGCUUUUUCCUAUGUUGACACGUGCUCUGCGAAGUGCGAAAGGAGCAUGGAGCCAUACAAAAGCGUCACAGCGACUGGAUUCAGAACAUGUUUGUAUGGAUAAUUUUAAUGUGAAGCUUGUUUUUGCAUAGAUUCACGAUUAUCGUCCAUCGAUUGUGUACGUGUUUAGUGUAACUGCAGGCUACAAACUCUACAUACAACCUUUCCGUGUCUGCAUGACAGAGUUUUGUGUCUUAUAGAUGCUACUCCAGAAACAGAGCGAACAACUCAAUUGAAAGAUGUUGUGCUUGAGCGUUUAAACACAGGUCAAUAAUUUUCUUAUUUUGUGUUUUGAGUUUGCUUUAUCAAAAGUAAUAUCCAUUCAAUAGAAAAUUUGUGGAGCGUAUGAGCGUGUGAGUUAUAUGUGUGCGUGGUUUUGAUGCUGCAAAUGAAGCGCGUUUUAUAGGGAAUGAUCGAUGACUGAUGAAGUAAGGGUAGAGAGAAAAUGCGUGCAAAAUACGAUAGGAGGUUCAUUUUUAUACUUUUUUUUUUGCUACCGUGCUAUUUUUUAAAAUAAUAAUUAUACUUAAUUAAAACAAAAUCUACUGCUCCCCAACCAAGCAAAAGAAUGUUACAAACAAAACCGACGGCGCGCAUACUACUAAGCUAGCACUAUACGUAUGCGCUAUGCGUUGGGAUGAUUAAUUACCCCUUUCUCUCCUUCUCCACACUAUAUCCCAUCCCCCCAAACGUAGCUGUGUUGUAUAGAAGAUCGUAAAGUAAAUAGAAUUAAACGCAAAUAAAACCACCAUGAAUUAAAACUAUUA